UCGCAGCACUGCAACCGGCUUCUUUAAGUCUCGCCGCGCGUUACCGCGCAGAUUCUUUUUUUGUUGUUUUCGGUCUGCAGAAGGGCGCAGACAAGCCUCUGGAAAGAAGGGCAACUCUGAAAGUAAAUGCUAUCGCGUCUGUAGAGAGCAUUCAACGCGUUCCACAUCAUUGCAAAAUGCCCCGCGCCAAGACGGUAAAGAAACAAGCGGAGACGGCUGACCCCACUCCAAAUGGGAACUCCCACGAAAACCCAUCAGCCGACUCGGCGGCAGUCGAGGCCAUACCUCCGGCUAAGGGAAAGCCACGCUCAAGGAAAGCCACGACAAAGGCCACGGCAGCUGUGGAAGUUGCGGAAAAUGCACUGGAAGUAGGAGCAGAGGAGCCGCUGCCGGCAGCUGCACGCGGCAAGAAGAAGCAGCCAAAGGAUACAGACGCAGAAAUCGCUGACGCCAAGCCAAAGGGACGCGGCAAAAAGGCGAGUGCUAAAAAGGAAGAAAAGAUUGAUCCCCCAGCCGCCAAGGCGUCCAAAUCGCGAGCCAAAAAAGAGCCUACUUCCGCUCCAGAGGAAGUGGCAGCGCCGGAACCAAAGGCAAGGGGACGCAAGCGAAAGGAGUCUCCUGCAGCAGCUAAUGGCGUCGAGUCGGAGGAACAGACAGCUGAGCCACCAAAGCGGCGGGCCAAGAAAGAACCACCCCAACCGCCAAUCGAAGAGGAGUCAGAACAGGAGCCAGUGCCAGCCCCCAAGAAGAAGGUAAAGAAAGCUGAGCCAGCAGCUGCCAAGCGAGUACGCGGAACCAAGGGGCUGGCUGACUCGGAGAUCACCGCUGCCCUUGAGGAUGAAGAGGAGGAGGAACCGAAAGCAGAGCCUCAGAAGGCGGCAAGUAAGCGAACCAAGAAGCCGAAGGCUUUACAACCCGAAGACGAUCCUGCUGGGGACUCUGAUAUAGUUCCGCCCAAAUCAGCCGUCACCAAAAGGGGUAAGAAAACAAAGCAGGCAGAAUCUGCUCAAGAAAACGGGGAUAGCGGUGAUGAGGCCAGCAAGCCCACUAAGCAGAGGGCAAAGAAAAAGAAGGAGGAUGAUGAGCUGCCGGCAGCGCCCAGCAAAAAACGCGGGCCAAAGAAGGAGAACAACGGGGAGGCUACAGAUCAAGUUGCUGAGAGCAAACCAGUUCGCGGCCGGAAAAGGGAAGCCGCCAAGGCGAAGAGUGUCGAGGAGGAUGUGGAAGAAGGGGAAAGCUCGAAAACAGCCAAGAAACCCAAAAAGGUGGCGGAGGGCGGUGUCAAAGAGACCUUGGACAAAGACGCCUUCGCCCUGGCUGACGAUAAGGAGUUCAAUUUGAAGAUCUCCAGCUGGAAUGUGGCCGGUUUGAGGGCUUGGCUCAAAAAGGACGGCCUUCAGUUGGUGGAUCUUGAGGAGCCGGACAUAUUUUGCCUACAGGAAACCAAGUGCGCCAACGAGCAGCUGCCGGAGGAGGUGACCCGCCUGCCGGGCUACCACCCAUAUUGGCUGUGCAUGCCUGGUGGCUACGCAGGCGUUGCCAUUUACAGCAAGAUCAUGCCCAUACAUGUGGAGUACGGCAUUGGCAACGAGGAAUUCGACGACGUGGGACGCAUGAUAACGGCCGAGUACGAAAAGUUCUACUUGAUCAAUGUGUAUGUGCCGAAUUCAGGUAGAAAGCUGGUUAACUUGGAGCCGCGUAUGCGCUGGGAGAAGCUCUUCCAGGCGUAUGUGCAAAAGCUGGACGCUCUCAAGCCGGUGGUCAUCUGCGGUGACAUGAAUGUCUCCCAUAUGCCCAUCGAUCUGGAGAACCCGAAGGCGAAUACCAGAAACGCCGGCUUCACAAAGGAGGAGCGUGACAAGAUGACGGAGCUGUUGGAUCUGGGUUUUGUGGACACCUUCAGGCAUCUGUAUCCCGACCAGAAGGGUGCCUAUACCUUCUGGACCUACAUGUCCAAUGCGCGGGCCCGCAAUGUGGGCUGGCGACUCGACUACUGCAUUGUCUCCGAGCGAUUCCUUUCCAAAAUAGUGGACCACACGAUUCGCAAGCAAAUGCUGGGAAGCGAUCACUGCCCAAUCACCGUAUUUUUCAAUAUUUAGAAUGUACAUACAUAUACUUUGUUUGUUUGUAUUUCACUUUAUUCGAUUGCAAACUGUUUUUCCGUUUUGGUUUGUAUUCUUUGUAUUUAUUUGAUACAUACCUUUUGUUGUAGAUCGAUCAUCCAAAUUUGUAUUUUUGAAUAAAGUAAACAUCAUCCCACAA